AUGCACCACUCCUAUUUUACGGAAAAGCUGAAGAAGAUUCUGAAGAAUGGAUUAGAGAUUUUAGACAAUACUGUGAAGCAUCUGGGCUUGAUUCACUUGCAAAUGCUUGAACCAAACGACAAUACGGGUCUUGCAGAUCUUGGUGCCAUCAAUGAAUUGGCUAACAAUAAUGCAUUGUGUGCUAUUAAUGUCAAUCAGUUUAGAGGCGGAGCUCUUCGAAUAAGAAAUACUGUUCCAGCAAAUAAUAAUGCAAUCACCACACCAUUAGUGCCAGCACAUACUCCCCAAAUGCUUCCAACGCUAAUGUAA